AUGGCUCAAGCGCAGCUGCUGUCGGCUGCAGAAAAGCGCGCGGCCCGUCGCGCCCGCGUGCUGCAAGGAAGCGCCAGUCGUCUCCAGUUGGUAACGGGUCAAAUUACUGCACUCGCAGCGUCCAGUGACGCGUCCAGUGUGGCGUCUUCUGGACCCAAAGCCCACAGUACCGACGUCGAUGAAGCGGUCGACGCGCCUUCGGACUUGCACGUCGUGUCUCCUGAGGCGCCGGUGGCUGUUCCAACGCCAUUUGUACGUGUGGAUCAAGUGCAGAGACGACGAGACGCGGCGGCGCGACGUCGUCAGCAGCAGGCGAAGAGCCACGAGGAGACGCGCGGGGGAGUGGACGCGAGCGAGCCACGCGAUUCUGAAGCCAUUCGGUCUGUUGUUCGUCAAAACCAGCUGGCGGAGACUGUCUCGUCUGCCGAGCGUUCGGUGAAGAGCGCCAGUUUGCACGGACGGGCGCUUACGCUGUUUUUAUUGGAGGAAAAACUGGUACUUUUGCUGAUUAUUGCAACAGCGCUCUACGCGGCGGUCAACAUGGACGUGCGCUCCAUUAUGGCCAACAUGGCUACAACCAACGACCUGGUCGAUGUGAGCUACGACGAUCUGCUUGCAAGUGGCGUUCCGGUGGAAUCGAUUCGGCAUCAACUUGAACGGGGGCAUGGGCUCUCUGGCGAGAAACAAGCAGCGCUGGCACAUUUACAAAAGCAGGAGCAGCAGGCUGAGAUGGACGCGUUGGCCACGACCGGCAGAACCGGAUGGCUGCCGGAUGUGGCGAGUCUGGGAGGCUUUUGGACGUCGAUGAUGGCCCACCCGCCUGUGGUAUUGGCCGUGUUUCUUGUGAGACUGCUGGUGUCUACGGGAGCAAAAGCCGUGCACAAAUCGCUGGGUCUGCCGGAUGUCAAGCACCCGGAAGAGAGUGAUCUGGGCUUUUUGGUGAAUAUGGCAUUGUCGAAUCGCCCGGUCCUAAAAGAGUUUCUGGUGAAAGGCCGCAAAUCGCUGGACGACUUGUUUGUGUUUCUGUUUGCGCUCGUCAUGUUUGUAGCCGUUCGCGUCAUUUGGCUCAGCUACUGA